GUCAUCCUGUUGUUUGUACCUGAAGUGAACUUGCUUUUAGAAACGUCGAUCAUGUGUUUCCAGAUGCCUCUGAGCUCAUGUUUCUCUGUUUUCGGCUGUGUACCACAAGAUGUAUCUGCGUCCCUGUGUAGUCUUGCGAGUUGUGGAGCGAAUCGGGGGUGCAUUUAGUGGUGGAAUGGCUAGUCCUACAUUGCAUUGUAGAGCUCUGACGAAGUGAAUUGUUGCCGACUUCGACUGCAGCCCAGGAAUGGAAUCGAAUUGCAGGAGCAUGGUGUAGAGCUUGGCAUCGGAGAGGUCGAGAGAAGGCGUGACAGGAGUUCUGACUUUCAGGUGUUCUAAAUUGCCAUGGCGACGACUUUGGAAACAGUGCAGGAGGCCAGGCCCUUAGGACCGAUCCAGUCUUACUUUAAGGAACUCAGGGAAAAUGUGCGGUACCGGAGCUUGUGGGAAGAGGUAAAUGGCUGCUUGGGCGACCUGGGCACGUUCGUCCCUAUCGUCAUUGCCCUUACUCUUGUCAACGGGCUUGACCUCGGCACUACCCUCAUCUUCACCGGCAUCUGCAACAUCGUCACAGGUCUUAUGUUCGGAACCCCGUUGCCAGUGCAGCCUAUGAAGUCAAUUGCAGCCGCGGCUAUAACCCCGGGCGAUAUACUCACCAUUCCCCAGAUUAUGGCAGCCGGCAUCUCUACGGGAGCCUUGCUGGUGGGAUUGGGUGCCACAGGGCUCAUGACUCUCGUCAAUUUCCUGGUCCCUCUGCCAGUAGUGCGCGGCAUCCAGCUCUCUCAAGGUCUGGCAUUCGGCAUCACCGCUGUGAAGUAUAUUCUCAACGAGCAAAAAUUUUCUACAGGAAAAACUGGUGGCGCCCGCCCAUGGCUCGGCCUCGACAGCAAGCUUCUCGCCAUUUGUGCCCUGGCGUUUAUCAUUCUUGUCAGUGGAUCCGGUGAGUAUACCGUUCAUGCAUUUCCUAAAGAUUCAAUCGAAAGUUCCAACGAAGGUAACAAUCCUAAUGAGGAAAGAGGAAGCAAGAGGAGCUGGAGCCGAAAACUCCUCUUGAUUCCAACCGCCCUGUCUGUGUUCGUGCUCGGCGUCGUCCUUGCCUUUAUCCGCCAACCGAGCAUUGUUAAGCAUCUCAAUUUCGGACCGAGUACGCCACAGGUGGUUCGCAUCACUGCAUCAGACUGGAAGACAGGAUUUGUAAGGGGUACCAUCCCCCAGCUUCCGCUUUCUGUGUUGAAUUCUGUCAUUGCCGUGUGUAAGCUUUCCAACGAUUUGUUCCCGACGAAGCUGCAGGUGACGCCCGUGAAAGUCUCGGUGAGCGUGGGACUCAUGAAUGUAAUAGGCUGUUGGUUCGGCGCCAUGCCAGCCUGCCAUGGCUGUGGCGGGUUGGCUGGCCAGUAUAGAUUCGGUGCACGGUCAGGGGCAUCUGUGGUCUUCCUUGGCACAGCCAAACUCCUUCUCUCACUCCUCCUCGGAUCAUCCCUCGUCCAAAUUCUCCGAUUCUUUCCUGUUGCACUUUUGGGAGUUUUGCUACUAUUCUCAGGUCUAGAGUUAGCCAUGACAUGCAGGGAUCAAUCUACCCGAACCGAAGUAUUCAUCCUGCUGUCGGUCACAGCUGUGUCGCUGACAAAUUCCAAUGCAGCGUUAGGAUUUGGUGCCGGCAUGUGCAUCGUGGUUCUGCUCAAGAUGCGGGAGAGGGAAACGUGGGUAAAGCUCAGGAACCUGCUACCUUGCUUGAAGAAUCGCAACCCAACACCCGAGCCAUUUCCUUCGGAGACGGAUGAUAAAACUGGAAUUUCUGGGCCACAUUCACACAUAGUUUGAUGCGUCUGCCUUGUCCGUGAGACCUGACCGUUCCAAUGAAGCUGGUGUUGCUCGGGAAUCGUCGCUGAAUUGGGAGUCUCGAAAUUGCAGCUCAUUGUCCACUCUGGACAGUUCCGAAAACAAGGAUAAGAGCUUUAUUUACUUGAAGCAGGGAAAGACUGUCAUGCUUGUCCUAGAACUAAGCUGAAGGGAUACUAUCAAUUGCUUUUCAACGCUUUGUACAGCAUAGAGGUGAAGUGGUUAGCGGUUUAAAAUAAUAUAAAAACAAAGGACGAAGUUUUGGUCCUCUUGUUUGCCCGCUGUUGUGAAUGGAUCUGCAGCCCGCCCAUAUCGAAACGGGUCCUGCUGAAGCCCUUUACGGAUAAUAAGUAUGGUGCCCCCUCAGCGAAACUUGUUUGUAAACGUUCAUGUUAAUAAUCAGCCAUUCGAAGAAGCUGUAAAGAUUGUACAGAGCUUUUUGUCAAUCAGAAGUAACCAUCUCUGUGCCAUUA